AUGGACAAAGGAAAAGCAUCAUCACGCUUAUCCACGGAUAAUGUGAUGGUGAACAAUGGGUUGGUUCUAGCUGAAGCCAUAUGUGAGCUCCGAGAUGUCUUCAACUUGAAGGAUUCCGUACGAAUAGAAACUCAAACAGAAGACGAGGACGAGCAGGUGAAGUGGAUCCGAGCUGUUGGCAGAACGAAAACUCCACGUCUUUUCCGUAUUUACGAAUUCGAAGCGGCCGAAGUGCUGAGUGCGCAGUACCAUCAGUACUGUACGUUCCCGGCCACCCAAGCUUCACUCGUGGACACUAUCCUUGUCGACAUCGGCGACCGCUUAUGGAUUUGGAAUGAGCGCACACCCACAACGUUUGCUCUGCGGGUUGCCGAUCUGUACUGGAAAGACAGAACUGGCGAUGUAACGGUGAUUGGUAAAGGAAAGGAACCGGAGGAGUUCAUCGCUCUGUUCGCUGAAUGGAAUGAAUGGCCAGAAGGAUACGAUCCUCAAUCGCCACCCAGACCUUUAAAGGAGCUGAUAGCCGAAAGGACGCAGACAUUCGACGUGGAAGCUCUUCGAUCGCGAAAAUCUCUCCCGGAAGGAAUCGACACGAAGAAUCUACUGCAGUAUCUCUCUUCGGAAGAUUUCCGACGUGUUUUCUCUAUGACUGAAGAAGAAUUCGCAAAAUUACCGGCAUGGAAACAGAUUCGUUUGAAAAAAGAGGCGGGAUUGUUCUGA